GGCCACGACAUGCAGCAGUUCACGCUGGGACAGCAAAAUGUUUGGUUAUCUAACUGGUUCUCUGGUCACCCUUGCCAUUUGCGGGAUCUUGUGCCUAAAUGGAAGUGAAGGCGCUCAAUUAAGAUUCCCGGGACCCGCGAGAGGUAGAUCCCUGCCGCUGAUCCUGCAGAGGCAGGAGCAGGCACCCUAUCCGCCAGCUGGCCUGGUGCCUGAUCCACCAUUCGAGCUGCCCACAGAGGAGGCCGUGGAAUUUCCGCAACCAGAUGAGACGUAUGGACCUCCAGCAGAUACCUAUGGACCCCCGCCAGUCGUAGAGGAGCCAGCUGAGGUCUAUGGACCUCCGGAUCAGGUUUAUGGACCUCCUGAUCAAACCUACGGGCCGCCAGAUCAGACAUACGGACCUCCCGAUCAGCCUGCCAACGAUGACAAUGCCAACGGCCAGCCCCAGAGUGCAGCCAUCAUAGAUUUGGCCAGUCUGCCAUUACCCCCACAGGCUCAGUAUGUUCUGCCUCUGCUCAGUCGCUUCAUCACCUUCCGGCCGCAGCGUCCAGUUUUGCUGACACCUCAGCGUCGUCCUGCCAAGCUUACUGCUCGUCCUCAGCCCAAGCCCGCCAAGAUUGUCAACGCGAUUAACAAGGGAAAUGCCGUCUUCCAACCGACUUCGCUGGGCUUGCCUUUCGUGGAGCGUCGCAUUCCCUUCCGACCGCAGCCAUCUCGCCUGGUAGUGAAUGCUCCUCUGCGUAGGCGCCCUGCCAGGCACUAGACCGCACAUCAUUCACCACUC